AUGUUAAAAAUUAAAAAUUUUAUGAAAUAUUAUAAAAUAUUAGAAAUCAAUAAAAAUGCAAAAAAAAAAGAAAUUAAAUAUGUAUAUAGAAAAUUAGCUUUACGAUGGCAUCCUGAUAAAAAUCAAAAUAAUAUUCAAUCAACUGAAAAGUUUAAAGAAAUAAAUGAAGCAUAUGAAAUUUUAAUAGAAUAUAUAAAAGAAAAAGAAAAAAAAAUUCAAAAAAAAAACAUAAAGAAAAAACAUAAAACAGAAUUUAAAAAACAACAAACUAAAGAAAAACAAAAAAAGAAAAAAGAAGAAAAUAUAAUAAAAAAAAAACAAGAAGAAAUAAAAAAACAAGCUAAAGAAUGA